AUGCUCGGCGCGACGGGUCAGACGAGCCCAGCGACCGGCGGCGGUGCUGGUGGUGGCGGUGGAGUGACAACGGACGGCGGGCCGGGGAUCGCUAGCGUGGCACCGCAUUGGGGCGCCAAUGUUGACGUUUGCAGUCUCGCAGGGAAACGAUUGGAAAACAUUUCGCGUGUCUUUACUUUCGAUGACUACAUCUUCGCGGGAAACGGCCAAGAAUUUUAUCUCAUGAAAACUGGUGACCCGAAGAAAUGGCAGUACUUUUGGUCAUUUGACUUGGUCAGUAACGCUUCCCAACUUGGUGCCGUCGCGGACACAUUCACCGACAUCACGGGCUCGCUGUACUUCGGUCGGGACAACUCGUGCCCAACUUCUGCGGGAAAUGACUGUAGUUUUAUGACCAAAGCGUACCUCAAGGGUCUGUUGGUCUUCCAGAACAACCCGGUGAAGGCCACGCCCGCCACUUACGGCUACCAGACCUAUAUCCUCAGGGUUCCCAUUAUUGACAAUCCCGUGUUUGGCGAUGCGAGCCGUCCUAAUCCGUUUGCGGCGUUCAAAGAUGACAGCCAAAUGCCGUGGGGAUUGCCCGCCGCCGCUCCCAUUACGACCGCCACUAAGUUCUUCCCGAGUGGUGUCGAAUACAAGUAUUUGGGCGCCGCGUACGACCCGACCCAACAGGUGGUCUUCGUGUUGACUUAUCACGACAUCUUGAGUAAUAGUCUGAUCAAUACUAUGUUUAGUAAGGUGCCGUGGAUCGGCAAAUACUUUAGUCAGACACUCAUUCACUUUUGGAAACUCGACGGCAAAGGCGACGCUCACUACCAGAUGGCGAACGCCGCCCGCGGCUAUACAGCGCUGGUAUCCAAAAGUGGCAAUUUGUUUGCUCUCGAGUUAGGAAAGUGGUAUUUGUUGGAUAUCUUUGAACAGAAGGAUCCCAUACCCGAAAAGGGAACGUACGAAAUGAGUGAGUUUCUCAACUGCAACCAAACCACCAAACCCUCGCCUUUUAACUCAGAUAAGCCUAUUCUGCCCGUCAAACCUAUCCCCAGUCCAUCGGCCGGCGCUCACACUAGCAAUACGACCGGCAAUAGCAGCGAAACUGUGGCCCCUCUCAGCCCAGACGUCACGUCUCCCGUAUCGUCUGAAUCGACAACCGCUGCGAACAAAGAGGAGAACAAAUCGUCGCCAAUGAUAAUCAUUUUGAUUAUAGUGAUAGUGAUUGUGAUAAUCAUUGUUAUCAUUUGUUGCCUCUUCUGCUGUAUGAAAGGAAAGGGAAAGGACGACGAGAAGGACAAAGAGGCCAAACCGGGUUCACCGAAGGCCGGCUCCAAAGUGGGAUCGAAAGUCGGCUCAACGACCGGAGGA